GCGGCCGGCGACCCUCGACCUCAGUGUUUGGCGCGCAGCCGACGGAGCAGGUCACACCUCCGCAGCGGACGCAACUCGGUCCCGACUCCGGCCGUUGGUGCAGAGCUGCUGUUCAGACUCGGACACAAUCCCUGUGAGAAGUGCCCACCCAGGCCAUCAGACAGUGCACCAGGCCGACCGGUCGCUCCUCCCAGGUCCCCGAACAGUGCGUGCGCCGGCCGGUGUUAGCGCCCUGCGGAGACUGCAGUCCAGCGUGCACGGCGGCACAGCCUACCCAGCCGGCGGCGUGUGCAGCGGCACAGUCUACCCCGCCGUCCGCAGGCGGCUGCCGCUGACUGAUUUCACGGCGGCGUUCGGGGAAUGCGAUCGGCUUAUUGAAGCGGGAGGAGCAAACCGGCAACAACGAUGAGCCGGCAGCGGCCCGCCUCGUCAUUGGUGCGCGCCGAUGACGUCUUCUACGAGCUGACCGAAAUCAACGACUACAUCGUGCUGGGCGGCGCGCCGGCCGUCACCGUCGACCGGAUCCGCGCGCUGGGCGUCACGUGCGUCAUCAACGUCACGCCGCUGCCCAACCUGCCCAUCAGCGGCGUCGACUACCUGCGCAUCCCCGUGGAGGACGUGCCGACGGCGCCGCUGGCCGCCCACUUCGACACGGCCGCCGACACGAUGGAGCGGCACCGGCGGCGCGGCGGCCGCACGCUGGUCCACUGUGUGGCCGGUGUCAGUCGCAGCGCCUCGCUGGUGCUCGCCCAUCAGGUCAAACACGCCGGCCUGUCGCUGCGCGAGGCGUUCGCGCGGGUGCGCGCGCGCCGCCGGGUGGUGCGGCCCAACGCCGGCUUUUUCGCGGCGCUGGUGGAGUAUGAGCGCCGGGUGCGCGGCGCCGCGUCCGUGCGCAUGGUGCCGCACCCGGCCGGUGGCGCCGAGCUCAUCCCCGACGUCUACGAGGUCGAGUACCGGCGCCUGAUCGGCUGGGCCGACUGGCUGCGCUCCAAGGGCCUCGCCCACCGGGUGAACAUUUUCCGGACGGGUCGGAAGGCGACUGAGGCCGACUGUCCUCCGCUGGAGAGCGCCGCGGGCAGUCGGGCCGACCUGAGCCCGGCCCCCAUCGACACCCCGGCCGUCUCGUAGCGACUGUCAGCGGUCUCAUCUUCUCUCAGAGCCGUCACUCACACACGCACCUCACCGCUGGUGGUGGGACACGCACAGAGCCGCCACAGAGGCGCACACGGGCGGGGCGAACCGGGGAGUGACGCCUCGCCGGGUCGGGUAUCUGGUGCUGUGUCACGCAGUGCCAGGUAUGGGGUAUCAUAUACGGCAGGUCGGACCCGUUGAGCUUGGAAGGGGCGGACAGUGUGACAGGUGCCGUGUUCGGACGCACCGACAGGUGGGAUCCGGUGACCGAACCGGUGUGAUUCGGUGUCUGAACUGAAGGGAUCCGGUGUUGGACAGUGCGGAUCCGGUCUCCAAACCGGUGAUAUCCGGUGUUGGAGUGUUCGCGCUCGUGCCAGCGACCCGACUACUGCUGUCACGCGCCCUGUUGGCUCUUGUCACUCUCGUCUUUCAUUUCCGCGCCCGGUCGUGUUGGUUUCGUCCGGCGUCGUGCACAAGCUCUAUGCUACUCGGGGCGCGCGGGGGAGGGCCCGUAUUCUGUUUCUAGAACGGCUACUGAUGGUAGAAUAGAGCGAUGUGGGGCCAGCCGAGGUCGGCCAAAUGGUAUCGAUGACGCUUUGCAUGAUCGAUGUCUCAACAUUGUUUCACCAGCUCGACAAGACCUUGUCAUGUGUGUGCGCAACACAAUGUCGUUGGUCAUAUGGGCAUUUCCACUUAUUUCGAAGCUCCAGUCUUAUAGCUCAAGGCUGAAUUGAAUUUCCCCAUUUUAUGAAAUUCUGUCCGGUCCGCAAAGAAGUAUACAAAAUUGACUUCUGUCUGUCUUUUCUGAACGAUUGGAUCAUCGAUAUCAACUUUUAUUUUGCACCGGUAAAACCAAUUCUUUCAAAUUCAAGUAGUAAGAAGUCCAAAAUGUCCUACUAACUGCAAUGUCUAACAAAUCAUGCAUGCCAAUGAUUGACAUCUGCUAAUCCUGUGAGCCAAAACUCGUGUACUUUCGAGGCCCACAGUGCCUCAUAAAAGCGGCUAACGUCGCCCAUUUGCCUCCAGAUUCGAGGCUUUGGUUGACCCACGAUGUUUUUGUUUCCUUCGUGUACAAGAGUCGCACAACAAUAAAUAUAUUCACCAAGG